ACAUAGCAUAGAAAAAAUAUAACAAUCACUUGGUUAAGGAGGGAGCAUGGCACAGUCUAGUGGCAAAGCUUUGGUUCAGUGGUUGGUAGCAGUACUGUUCAUUGCCUUGUUGGGAGGUGCUCAAGCUAUUAGAUUGUGUAACAUAGACACUAGUCAGCUGAAAUCAUGUCGUGCAGCGGCUACUGGUGAACACCCUCCACCACCAGAUAAAAAAUGCUGUGAUGUUGUUCGCCAAGCCAACUUGCCUUGUCUCUGCAAAUACAAGUCUGCUCUACCUCAAUUUGGAAUCAACCCUACAAAUGCUAUAAAGUUGCCAGGUGAAUGUGGUCUGAACACACCUCCUGAAUGUCACUGAAGUGAAGCAAUUGAUGAAGGUCAUGCCCAAUUUUUCAAGCACCUCUUAGUCUUCAAUUAUCUUCCAGUGUUUUGUCAACACUGAAGAAGCUUUAAGACAGUAUCUGAUUUCCCUCAAAUAAAGGUUUAGUUUAUUGUAGUCCAUGUGUUUUGCCCUUAUGUUUACAAGCAGAUGUGUCAUGUGUGGUGUAUCAGUGUCUAGUACAAGAAUACAAGAAAUAUCAGUUUUCUUUUCCCUCCUUGAGUCCUUGUAAACAAGAAUAUAAAGACAUCUAUAUCAUCCCCUUCCACUGCAA